GCUGUAGUCGUGUCUGGGGCACCAGCCCAGGCUGGCCAGAGCUCCUAUUUCCACUGCUCUACCACCUGCCCAGGGUACCAACAUGGCCCAGAAGCGUCCCGCCUGCACCCUGAAGCCCAAGUGUGUCCAGCGGCUGCUGGUUUGCUCCCAAGAGGCCAAGAAGUCAGCCUACUGUCCCUACAGUCACUUUCCCGUGGGGGCCGCCCUGCUCACCCAGGACGGGAGGAUCUUCCAAGGGUGCAACAUAGAAAAUGCCUGCUACCCCCUAGGCAUCUGUGCUGAACGGACCGCUAUCCAGAAGGCCAUCUCAGAAGGGUACAAGGAUUUCAGGGCAAUUGCUAUCGCCAGUGACAUGCAAGAUGAUUUUAUCUCUCCAUGUGGAGCCUGCAGGCAAGUCAUGAGAGAGGUAAGCAGCUUCUCUAGCUUUCUGAAAUGCAAACCUCUUCCUCGCAGGCUAUGGGAGCCACGCCAAGCUGCGGGCAUGGCAGGCGUGGAGAUGCAGCUACUGUCCUGUUUGCUGGGUUGGCUGACUUCUAAGGCCCCUCCCUACACUUGCAUGAGUCACUAGAAAUUAUUCCUUCAUUUAACAAAUACUUGGCCGGGCGCGGUGGCUCAUGCCUGUAAUCCAAGCACUUUGGAUUACAAAGUGGCCAAGGUGGGCAGAUCACCUGAGGUCGGGAGUUCAAGACCAGCCUAAUCAACAUGGAGAAACCCCGUCUUAAAAAAAACACUUACUGAGCAAGUGUUGGCUCUGUGCCAGGCACUGAGGUAGCUCUGGGGAGGCAACAGAGAAAAGAUGGGCCAAGCUGUGCCCCACAGAGCUCACAGACUAGUGCAGGAGACAGACGAUAAACAAAGAACAAAAUAAAUAAAGGAACGGUGGUGUUUCUGAGAGUCGAGAGGGCUACAGAGGGGGAAAAAAACGCAGAAAAAAAAAGUCCAAUGACAAAGGGGCAAGCAGGGGACACUGCAGAUUGGGGUCAGCGAAUGACAGCCUGUGGGCCAAAUCCAGCCUGCUGCUUGUAUUCAUAGAUAAAGUUUUAUUGGUACGCAGCCAUGGACAUUCAUUCACCUAUUGUCUAUAGCCACUUUGCCCUGACAACAGCAGAGGUGAGCCGUUAUGACAAGGGCCGCAUGGCCUCUAAACCUAAGAUAUUUACUGUCUGGUCCUUGACAGAAAAAGGUUUGCCAAUCCCUGUUUAGAUGUCCAGGAAGGUUGUCUUUUUGAGGAUGACAUUUGAGUAGAAAUAUAAAUAAUGAGGCCGGGCACAGUGGCUCAAGCCUGUAAUCCCAGCACUUUGGGAGGCCGAGGCGGGUGGAUCACGAGGUCAAGAGAUCAAGACCAUCCUGGUCAACAUGGUGAAACCCUGUCUCUACUAAAAAUACAAAAAAUUAGCCAGGCAUGGUGGCGCGUGCCUGUAAUCCCAGCUACUCAGGAGGCUGAGGCAGGAGAAUUGUGAACCCAGGAGGCGGAGGUUGCGGUGAGCCGAGAUUGCGCCAUUGCACUCCAGCCUGAGUAACAAGAGCGAAACUCCGUCUCAAAAAAAAAAAAAAAAAGAAAGAAAAAGAAAUAUAAAUAAUGAGAGAGACAAAAGCCUAGAAGAGGAGAUUCCAAGGGAGCAGAACCAGCAGAUUUCACGCUCAGACCCUUGGUGAAUUUGAGAAGAGUCAAGAAGGCCCCCAAAGGUCUAGGGCCUGGUAAGUGGAAGGAAAGCAAUGGGAUUAAGUCAGAAAGGAUGGCAGGGGCCAGAUCACAAAGGGCCUUGUAGGCAUGGGAUGAAGGGCAUAUUUUAUUCCAGGUAUAAAGGAAACUGAAGUAUACACAAACAUGGUCAAAAUGGCAGAUUUUAUGUUAUAUAUAAUUGAUCACAUUAAAUACACUGGGGGGGAAAAAAGAGAAUAGAGGUCAGCCAUUGGGUAUUUCUAGGAAGAGUCUUGAGGGAUCUGAAGUACUUUUUAUAAAAGUCUUCUUGUUGGAAAGCUGCAGUUUCUUCAAUUCUGAAAGCAAGAGCGUAGGCCAGUCGUGGUGGCUCAGGCUGUAAUCCCAGCAGUUCGGGAGGCAGAGGCAGGAGGAUAACUUGAGACCAGGAGUUCGAGACCUGCCUGGGCAACAUAGCAAGACCCUGUCCUCCACACACUGAAAAAGGAUAGAACAAAACAAAAAAAUGAAAACAAAGAGAUAGUUUAACUCAUGAGUUCUUAAUCCAGGCUCAGGGGAAGGUUUUCAUAUUUAUAUGUACAUUUGGGGAAAGGGGAAUAUCGGUAACUAUGGUGGAUUCUCAAAGAGAUCUGUGUCCUCUAGAGCCUCAAAAGAUGAGAGAAUCCCACAGGCCCUGAGCUCCAGCAUGAUACCAUCAGCCCCUCGAAAUACAGCAUCUUGUGGGCAUGAUGGCUCACACCUGUAAUCCCCACACAUUGGGAGACUGAGGUGGGAGGAUCACUUUAGCCCAGGAAUUCAAAACCAGCUUGGGCCACAUAGUAAAACCCAGUCCCUUCAAACAAUUUAAAAAUUAGCAAGGCAUGGUGGUACAUGCCUGUGGUCCUAGCGGCUCCAGAGGCUGAGGUAAAAGGAUCACUAGAGCCUGGGAGGUCAAGGCUUCAGUGAGCCGCACUCCUGCCUGGGCGGCAGAGCAAGAUCCUUUCUCAAAAAUAAAUACAUACCAAUGACCAAGUGCAGUGGCUCACGCCUGUAAUCCCAGCACUUUGGCCAAGGCAAGUGGAUCACAAGGACAGGAGUUUGAGACCAGCCUGGCCAAUAUGGUGAAACCCCAUCUCUACUAAAAAUAUAAAAAUUAGCUGGGCAUGGUAGCACACUCCUGUAGUCCCAGCUGCUUGGGAGGCUGAGGCAGGAGAAUUGCUUGAACCCGGGAGGGGGAGGUUUCAGUGAGCCAAGAUCGCACCACCACACUCCAGCCUGGGCAACAGAGCUAGACUCCUUCUCAAAAAAUACAUACAUACAUACAGCAUGUUGUUUAAUCCCCUCCCCAGGACUGAGGGAAGUGCAUGCCAUUAUUCCCAUUUCCCAGUGACUACUCCGAGGCUCAGAGGAGUAAAAUGACUUACUAAGGGGCCCCGUGCCAGGCGAUAACACAUGGGUAUUCCCGGCCCUUGAGGCUGACUCUAAGGCCUAUGGCUCCUGACAGCUGCCUCUCUGUCUUUGUGGUUCUAUAAGUGGGACAAAAUUAUUUUCAGCCAUGGAGGAAACAUAAUGGUAUUUUGCCAUGUGGAUGCUGCUUGUACCAUGGGAAUUUCUGCUUUUGGAGUUGUGUUUUGGGAGAGAGGAGGUUGUUUUAGCUUUGUUUUUGCGCCGUGGGGUUUCAAAGCAUCUGGGAAUACAGACAUUUCCAUCUUCCUCCUGCUUCCUGCCAGGAGUGUAAAUCAGACACAUUUCCCAAACCCAAAAACAUACCGCCAGGAAAGCAGUGAAUUUAUACCAUGGAAUUUGUCUCACUUAAGACGGGCAGAAAUAGCUGCCCUGCACGGUGGAAACGUUGAAAGUCAUAUAAGGAAGCCAUAACAGGGCGCCACGUCCCUGGCUCCCCAGGCCCCGACAUGAUCCAAUUGCUCAGUGCUGUUU